GUUACAACGUCCUGGAGGAUUCACUGCUAUCACGGUGAGUGACUCAUGUGAGAAGUAGGUUGACAGCAGAACCUGGCAAAUAUCAUACCUGUUUCGUAACUCUUCCCCCUUUUCGCUUCGACUCCGCAGCUAAGCUUUUGUCAUCUUGCCCGUCAUGGAAGUCAAGGCUAAACGCAAAGCCAUAUCUCACCGAACCAGAGCCUUGUUGUGUUUCACCGGGCGUUUACGCACUACAUCAAAGGUCGAAGUCGCGAACCAUGACUACCACACAACCGAACCAUCCCGGCUCGAAAGCCUUCCGGCUGAGUUACGGACGCUUCUUCUCUCGUCUUUGGCCAGCCUGAACGACCUCAAGGCCGCCACCCACGCAUCGCCCGUGCUCUACCACCAGUACCGAGCCGACCGCAAACAAAUUCUCGGCCGUGUAUUGCGAUGCACCCUUGGUGAGAAGGUGUUUGUGGAUGCCUACGCGGUCCAGAAAUCAACCCGACUCGAGUACCCGCCUUACCUUGCAGCCCACCUGACCGCGCAAGCUUUCAUGGACACAUAUCAAGAACACCGCGCGCAGCCAUCCAUCAUAGCUGGCGAGUGCGCAGCCGCAGACGUCAUGGGCAUGGCAACAUUCUACUGGUCUACCGUCGGGCCUCUGAUGCAGAAAAUCCCCCAGAAACUCCUCCACAACCUUGACCCAUCACUACAAUUAGGCCAUCUGAGCAGGGUCGAGGAAGAACGCAUCCUCCGCGCCCUGUACCGUUUCGAGAUGUGGUGCAACCUCUACGGCACCAAGCCCGGGGCCGCGGCGGGCAGCCAGUCAGUCCAACCGAUCGAGAUGCUCAUGUACUUCUUCCAAGUCUUUGAGCCAUGGGAGAUCGAAGAGAUCUCAUGCAUCCACGCCCUGCUCAUGGACAUGUACGACCACAUCUUUGUGGACCUCAAGCUACCACUCCACCACCUCCCAAACCGGCUCAUAGACGUCUGGUCGCCACGCGCUUGGGUAACGACCGAUCUCAGCGACAGCCCCUACGCAAUUGACCAGUUCCGCCACCGCAACGCGCAGCUCAACAGCCUGAUCUCACGCGGCCUCGAAUUCCAGCUGCAAACCAUGCGCACCCUCGAACCGCCACCCCCCACCAACCAUCGUCACCACCGUCACCACCACCGCCACCACCGCCACCACCGCAAGCAACUCAGAAAACACAUCAUCCACCCCGGGCCGACCGCCGCCGCCGCCCGGCCCCCGGGCGCCAACAGCAUCCAAGACGCGCUCUGCCGCGAGACCCAGACAAUGCGGCGGGCUUUACACCGAACCGAGGGAGACCGAGCACAGGAGCGCGGGGAGCGGGCGCGGCCGCAGUUCCGGGGGCGGGACGGGGCGGCGGAGCCGGCGCUCGGGUGGGUGCUGCGGUGGCGGGGGCGGCGCGGCAACGCGUACGGCCAGGAGACGCCUUGGGACCUGCGGGUGUGGGGGGCGGCCAUUGAGUGGACGGCAUCGUCGCUGCUUAUCUCUCCUCCAGAAUCCGAGGGCAUGGAGGCGCUGAUGUCGCGGCGCCGUCAUCGACAAGAGAGGGCAUACCUAUUGUGGCACGGGCGUAGCACAUGGGUAAUAAUACGAGAGGAUGUCGAAAUCGCUUCUAACUGCUUCGUAAGGACCAGAUACAGAGGAAUCCUGAGCCCCGAGCUGUUUUUGGCUGUACCUAGGCACCUAAAGAGCUACGUGGCCAUGUAUUACAGGCCAACUAUUGAUAAGUCGUUAGCUCUGUGA